AGUGUAAAAUAAUAAUAUUCGCAGUCCGUAUCGCGUUAUCGUUGGGCCGGUUUAAUUUUUGUUUGUUUUUUACUAAUUUGUGCUGGAAAUGACGUUUUACGGUUUAUUAAUGUUAAGCUACUGUUGUGUUAUGGUUUAUGCUUAUGACCCCGAGGAUGCCGAAAUUAAAACUGCCAUACCUCCGAAAGGUACCUUCGAAGCCUUUUAUCCGAGAGGCGAAAAAUUGGGAUCAUCAAGGGCCGCCCAUUCCCACGGAAGUUUCUACAAACACAGAAAUCCCGCUUUAGUUGACGCAAGAAACGCCGCUGCAUACGGAUUUAGGUUCGAUGGCAAACGACGAUUUAAUUAUGAGUAAAAUUUUCCUGUAAACAAUAUGCCUAUACAUAUACUAUUUUAUUACGUAAUAUAAGUUAUUUUAUAUAA